AGUGUUAUUUCCUAAUUGCUUAUGCCUCAAAAGUAUAGAAAAUGGCUAUUAUUCCCCACAAACUUUGCUUUCGUGACCAGGACAGUGAUAUUUUGAAAUUUACCUAUUUUCCAGAACAUUCCAGAUAGAUUCAGUGCUGAGUAAACUUGGAGUAACUUCUAGAACUUUCUAGAACUUUCCAGUAAUAUAAAUAGUAGUAUAAAUACAUGGGCCUUAAGCCCACCAGUUCAGUUUAGUUCCAGCUGCCUAAGUGGAUACAUAUCUGCAUUUUUCUGAGAUGGCAUCAAGAGGCUGCAAGCAUCCGGCAGACGCAUUUUGCUAUGUCUGCGGCCAAUUUAUCAAGACAAGAGCGAAAAAGUACUCCGUGGAAGCAUCUGCUAAGAUGUGUGAGGCCUACAAGGCAUAUUUCGGCAUGCCUGUCGGGGAUCAAGACAAACCCUGGGCACCUCAUUUCACCUGCGAGCACUGCAAAAAAACUCUGGAAGGGUGGUACAGAGGGGAAAAGAGAGCCAUGAAGUUCGCUAUCCCAAGAAUUUGGCGGGAACCCACUGACCACUCAAGCAACUGCUACUUCUGCAUGGUGGACCCUUCCAAACGUCGGACUGGCAAGAAUGCACCUGCUAUCACGUAUACGGACCUUCCUUCAUCCAUCGCCCCGGUGCCACACUGCCAUGAGCUCCCCGUACCCACUCCUCCGGAGAGAGAGCAGCCGUCUUUAGAAGAGAGCAGCAAGUCAGAGAGCGAGGAAGACGUUGUAGAUCCAGAUGACAAUUUCAGAGGUGGAGCUGAGGAGAGAAACCCAUACUACCCCAACCAAAAAGACCUCAACAACUUGAUUAGAGAUCUUGGUCUCACCAAGUCCAAUGCCGAGCUUUUGACGUCUAGGCUCAAGCAGUGGAACUUGUUGUAUGAAAGUGUGCUGCUGGCUGCUUCCCACAUCCAGUCUGUAAAGAGUUCCUCUUCGGGUGGUUCUGAUGCUGGUGUCCAGAAGCCCUGUGCCCGCCUCUUCCACCCGGAGACUGAGGAGCAGCUGGAACUGCCGUCCCUCCCAGAGAAGAAGCAGCAGCUGCUGGGGGGAGCUGCUGCUGGGAGUGAAGGAGCCUUCAGCUUCAGCUCCUUCACUGUGAUGGACGGGUGUCUGCUCUCUCUGUGGGUUGCAGGUUCCCAAGAAUGGGGCCUGGAGUCUCGCUCCUUCCCGAGUGGGGCUUACCUCAACCAGCUGCCUGGUGCUGGGGUCUCCCUGACCAGCUACCAGUGCACAUGCGACCAGGGGAACAAAGUCAUGGCCAGCUUCAGGGACUUCAAAAAGAGGCACAUUGCAGAUGAAAAUAAAAAGGGAAACCAAGACAAGUAG